GAAAAUACGCUUGGCCAACGCUUAGCACCAAAGUGCGCAUGCGCAGUGGUAAAAGCGGCACAAACAGGCAGCGGGAGCACAGAAAAGACAAAGACAAUGGGGUGUGUGUGUUUCGUCCACCGCCGGGGCCCGGAGGCUGAACUCUGAGCGCGGACAGCGCCACAUGGAGGCGGUGCUCAGAAACCUGGCGGGCACGGCGGAGCUGCUGGCCGUGGCGGGGCGGAGCGGCGUGGUGGAGCAGUGGGAUGAACAAACUCUGUCCAGGGCUUUUGACUGGGCUCGGUACUGCGAGCACGUCUUCACCAGGUUUCAUAAUAAUCCAGGUAUGAGGAGGAUUAUGGAGAAGCAGCUGCAGCUCACAAAUCAAAGUCUGCAGGCUGUUUUCCCUGCAUACACCGACGUCUCCUUCUCGGAUCUCUCCCAAUGUCAGCACCUGUUGCUUGUUGGGCUGUUGAGCAACCCUGAGUUGCCCAGCUCCAUCAUGAAGAUACUCUUUGACAGUAUGAGUCCUGCAAACACUAAGCAGAGUGAGUAUCAGGGCGUGAGCGGCCUCUGCAGCCGCAUCAUUCAGUGCAAGUCUGCAUGUAAAGUCCUGAGUCCUCUCACAGACGUGUCAGCUGUUGGUGCUGAUGCUGAGGUUCAGGGGGCGAUGCUGAUGGAGGAGCUGGCUGCUCUGCUGAGCCAAAGCAGCGAAGCCUGCCGGGCGGAGCACUUUUUAGACUCUGUCCUCCAGGGAUGCGACGGAGCAGCACAUCAUUUCUGUCUGGUCAUCGCCGCAGCUCUGCUGACGACGACAAACUCGGCGGCACAAACUGCUUCACAGGAUUUUCUCCUGGACUGGCUGCAGAGAAAACCCAGCGAGCUGCAGCACAUGUGCUCCACAUUACCUGCUACGCUUGUUAUAGACCUGUCCAAACGGCACCUGAAAUUCAGAGACGCGUACUGCGUUGUGCUGAAAAACUGGGCCUCUGAUAUGGAGUACAGCAUAAGUGACGGUGAAUGGGUUCAAACCGGCACAAACCAAACUUCAGUGUCCUUCCAGAGACUCACUGAGCACUUCCUGGCCUUGCUGGAGGCUUGCCCCUCUCUCAGGGAGGGUGUAGUAAAAGAGUUAAAUGUUUUGAAAAUUUCAGAUGGAGACUUUGACGUCAGAGGUCUGAGUGUGUGGGGAGACCUCCUGUCCAUCAUAAACAAGUGACUGUCUGGUGUCUUUAGAGCCGGAGGACAUGGCCAACAUAUCACUGAAUGUACAGUUUAUGCAGUGUUUGAAGGCUGGGUGUUUAAACAUUAAACAAAAUGUGUCCAAAGCUCUGUUGGAAACUGUCAGGCUCAUUUAAAAAAAGCAGAGUCAUCUU